AUGGCGCGGCGCGGCGCCGGUGAGGAGAGCUGGAGGCGGCGGGAGACGCCGCCCCCGCCUCCGCCCCCACUAGCGGCAACAGCAGCCGCAUCCAGGAGGAGCGGGAUGCGACCGACCGGCGGGUGCCGCCCCUGCUCGCAUGAGUCUACACUGGACACCGUGUUGUCUACAAAGCUCCAGGGCACUGGAGACAACGCGGUGUCGAACCUUGACCUGGACUACCUGGAACGGAGAAGCUCUGCGGACGCCGGCCGCCACCAGGCCAGCCCUGAUGUCGAGCAGAGUCCGGACUCAGUGGACCUCGUCAAGGUAGUUCUCCUGGGUGCCUCCGCUGUUGGAAAGACGUCCAUCGUGCAGCAAUUCGUUUGGGGAGAGUUCAGCGAAGACUACGUCUCGACAGAGCGCCGCCACACCUACUACCCGUCCGUGAUCAUCAAUGAGCGGCUGUACCGGCUCAAGAUCUCCGACAUACCCGUCAUCCCGUACUUCCCAGUGAACUCGUUCUACGAGUGGAGCGACACCCGUUUCUACGGCCUGAGAAGCGCCAGUGCGUACCUGCUGGUGUUCGACCUGGCGGACGCGGCAUCCUUCCAGUUCGCCCGCACACUUCUGGAGCAGCUGUCGGAGAGCCGCGACAUGGCUGACGUCACCAUCCUGGUCGUUGGCAACAAGAGCGACCUCCUUCCUGGGAGCCUGGACUCUCCAGAGCGGGUCCCGGGCAGAGACCUGGCGCGUCCCGACUUGUGGUCCGAGGUUCGCGCCUCGUGGGGCUGCGGCUACGCCGAGUGCAGCGCGCGGCAGCGGGGGCAGGUGCUGGCCGUGUUCCAGCGGCUGAUGCGCCAGGUGGACCGGCUGCUGGGCGCGGCCGGCGCCGCCUCGCCGCCCAUCCCCGCCUCCUACGGGCUGCUGGCCGCCUCCUCGCCGGAGGACGGCGACGCCGACGACGAGCGGCCCGAGCGCGGCUUCCUGGAGACGCCGGACGACCGCGCCACCUGCCACCUGUUGUGA